AUGUCUGAAUUAGUGACAGAGCCAUACUCCCUAUUCUUGGGUCUGGACUAUGGUGUGGACAUGAGCAGAGCUUUCGAACCCAAGCCUGGCAGGGACCUUAUCACAGUCAUUCCGCUAAUCAGUGACGAAGUUUCGGGCACGCUUUAUGACCUGAGCGGGUUCGCCGCUAUGAGAUCAUUCGAUCUCGAGGAGUACUCUUCUGUCCUCGGCAACAUUCCAUCAGCGGCCUCGGAGUCUUUCGCCAAGUUACCCUUGGAGGUCCUUACUCUGAUUGCCUCGUUCCUCGACACAAAGUCCAUUUUCCAGCUCAUGACAACUUCACCCAUGGUCUUCUCAGCCGUCAUGCACAAUCGACCUUUCUGGAGGUGCCACCUCAAAGACUGGUAUCGAUGGUACUUCGAGUGGCAGAAACUUCUUCAGGAAGACACCGAGCCCUGCGUCCAGAGAGCAGACUUGAUGCAAGUCGCCUUCAACCUCAGCAGACCAGAGCGGUCCGAUCUGAUUUCAGACGACGUAUUUGGGGGAUUUGCGAUCGGCUUGCCCAGCGUUAUGCGUUACGGCACCGGCUGGAACAUCGGUACUUGGCGAAACGCUCAGAAUCAGCGGCUUAGGGCCUGUUCGGUGCAAUCAACUUGGCACGAUAUAAAAUCGACAGACCGGUGCAAGAUUAUAUAUGAAGAAUGCAUAUUGGAAAAAGUACGGAAAGGCGUUCUCGUCGCCCACUUUCACCCCCAGAUUCUUAGCCAUAUGAUGCGACGCAUUGACGCCGGCAACAUCACCGUGGGCCGGACGGGGUAG